AUGUCUGAGCAAAACACCCAGGAGCCUUACCACGAGGGCAAGGAGAACUCUCACGAUAACCUCGAUUCAAAGGAUGAGCGAUCCAUCGCCAACCGUCUAGCUGCUGCCGAGAAGGAAACCGAAUCCGGUGACGAUCGUGAGACCGCCCAAAUAAAGGAGGAUCCCACUCUCCCCGCUCGAUCUCACGGUAACGAGCCUUCCAAGGGUGCUAAGAUCGAUGCACAGCUACAGAAGGAGGAACAGGAGGAGCUUGAGCGCAAGGGCAAGGCUUAA